AUGCCUCCUGGGGUGGUUUCGGCCGAGUGGGCGGCUGACCGAACAAUCGACGGAACCAACAGCAGCACCGCGGCUACUACGAACCUCGAACCGACCCACCAAAGCACCAGCAACAUACUCUCAGGAGCAAGAGAGGGAAACUGCUGGCAGACUCAAGAGGCGCCGAAGAAGAACCUACCGGAUCCAGGGCGUACGAGGGAGCGCGACAACGGGACACAAGCUUUUGAGAAUAGUGACGACUCCAGAAAGCCCCUGCACCGGGAGAUUCAAGCCAAACAGGCGGGGACCUCCAGGUUCCAUGCGGUCAUCGCCGAGCUACGCGACGAGUUGCGCCGGGCGGAUAAGAAGCACAUGGAAGAGAUAAAGCACUACGAUGGUGCACUAGUCGGCAUGCAGAGAGAACAGGAGGCAGUUAUACAGAUAAUAGCAAGGGCAACGACCAACACGAUGGAGAGUUCAUACAAUGGUCAAUAUGAAGAGUUUCUCGUGGAGCUUCAAGCCCUCUGCACCGGUGACAAGAAUCCAAUAAAUACGAAGCUCGGGCUCCCUCAUGUUCUCUUGGAUUUCCGAUCUGCCAAUGAUGAAAUCGAAGCACCGGACCUCGCCGACUGGUGA